AUGUCUCAACCAAACCAGAAUCUCGAUCUUAAAUAUACGAAGAUCUUCGUUGGUGGUUUGGCUUGGAAAACCACAACUGAUGAUUUGAGAAGCUUUUUUCAACAGUUCGGUGAAGUUCUUGAUGCUAAUGUUGUUUUUGAAACUUACCCAACUCUAAGAUCAAAAGGCUUUGGCUUUGUUACUUUUAGAGAUGCUGAAUCUGCAGAUAGAGCUUUGGCAAAUCCGAGUCCGAUUAUUGAUGGAAGAAGAGCCAAUAUCAAUCUAGCUUACCUUCGUGCAAAGAAUAACAACAACAACACUAACCACGACGUUAAUCAGGUGCCACCGCAUCAAUAUCCGCUAGCUCCUCAAUACCCAAAUCCAUAUUUCCCUCCAUUUUACUGGAAUCCAAAUUAUGGACAAGUUCGUUACAUGCCUAGCGUUCCAUACAUGGCCAUGACCUAUCCACCGCUCUAUGUUUCAACGUAUGGGGUGCAACAAAACUUGCAACAGAGGGACACUGGACGACUACCUGUCCGUGUUUCUGCGCCUCAAAGUUCAUCGGUUCGAAUUCAUGAAGUCAGUGAGAACAAUAAAGAAGUGGUAGUCACUGCAGAUGUUAAGGAGAUCGACACAGAACCAGAGAGUGAUGUGGAUCAAGAAGAAGAGAUCAUGAGUGGACAAGAUCACAAUGGCUUGGAGCAAAAUGUAGAGGAUAUUGAUGUAGAUACCUUGAUUGGACACAAUGAGACUGUCUUUGAGGGUACAUGUCAAAACGAGAGAGUCUUUGAAGCUGAAGACACACCACACGCAAACGGGUUUGAUCUUGAUAGGAAUUGUGAAUGCGCAUCACAAAUGAACGGGAUUGAUCAGGAAGCACAAGGAGAAGAACGCAUGAGUUAA